AUGAGUUCAAACUAUAGUGGAAUGCAAGGUGAUUUGACACAGCGAGAUGCGAGUAGGACGCAAUUGUUUGCGGGUACUGACUUCUCUAAGUAUAAACAACAACAGGAUAGACCAAGUUCGCCGUUUGAUAGACCAUCCCCAGGGGUAGAUUAUUCUCAAGCAACACUUUCGCAGCUCGAGUCUCAAAGUGAUGAACAAAUGAAUACCAUGAGUGAAAAGAUCAACGCACUAAAGAAUUUAUCUCUACGAAUGGGAGAUGAGAUUCGUGGUAGCAAUCAGACCUUAGAUCAGUUAGGAAACGUUUUUGAACAGACUAGCAACCGUUUGAAAAGGACUUUCAAGAGAAUGAUGGUGAUGGCUCAGAAUUCUCGCAUUCCAUUAAAAAUAUGGUUCAUAAUAUUUGGUGUUCUGACACUUUUGUUCUUCUACGUCUGGAUACGUUGA